AUGGACUCGCAGACGCCUCAUGGAGAUGUCGUUGACGAGGCGACAAUGGCCGUCCUCCCUGAGCACGGUCUCAUAUUUUCCGAAAUCAAGCAGAUGCAACUGCUGCUGUGCAAACCAAAGCUGCUGCCCGUCAAGUCCUACUCGCUGGAGAAGCUCGAGAAGAUGGAGAAAAAGUUAGCACGCGAGGCCAAGGAGAAGCGCGACGCAAACCGUGCUCAAAGACAGGCACCACUAGUGUGGACAUCGCCAGACCUCACGGCCGGUGAAGGCGUCAAAACCAUCCCUGCACCGUCACCGCUAGUUACGGUGGCGCCAGCACCUCCCCAGAACGUGGCGUCGACACCACUGCGAGACGGUGGUGCCACGCCUCCCUCUGCGGCCCCUGCUGUAGCCUCGUCAGCCUCGUCGAGGGGGGCGGCGUCACAGGAGACGUUGAGCUUCACACCGGUGCACACGGAAGGGGAAACCUGUGCGGACGCCUCUAUGAGUGCACCAGAGCGCAGCCCGCGAAUCUCGCCAUCGACGGACGUCUCUUCUUCCUCUCCUUCUCCCUCGGCGUCUACGACAGACUAA